UCUGUGAGAGUGAGUAUACCCAGGUUAAAUUAUCCUACCAUUGAUACCUCUUAAUUAUUAUACAUUAACACAUUUCACUAUGCUUCUAGUGGUACCGUCUGGCAAUGAAUAGCGCCGCCAUUGCCCCAUUACUAUCCACCAUGCAGCCCCCCCCUCCCCCCCUCUUGCGGUGUCUCGAAACAAGCCUGACGGCUGCUGCUCAGAUGCUGGUGUCCUUGUCCACUGAUGGCGCUCAUGUCUGGCGUCUUGCCUCCCAAGAUCCAGCCAGUUUCCCUAGCCAUGCGUUCCAGGUCGAUCGGGCCGCGGUGCAACAGCUCUGCUAUGCAGUGGACUCUACAUGGAUCUCCCAUACCUUUGCUGUGACCUUUCUUGUACUGUGCUACACAAGGGGGGUGAUUGAUGAUAACCUGCAGAUCAGUUCGCCAUCAUUGAUCAUCCCCCCCGAGACCUCUCUCAUCGCCCGUCUGCUCCGUCUGGCCAGAGACAUCUUCGAUGCCGUCUGCGAGGCGACCCGGCUGCAUCCCGCCCGGGGCUUUUGCGCCAUUGUCCGUGAUGCCACGGCGUUGGUGCUGGCGCCGGACGAGAGUGAAGUCGACGAACUGGCGCUACAGGCUGUUCUGGAUCUGGUCAACGAGGGAGGAUUCGAGUGGCCGAUGGUGGAGUGGGAGUAGCCAGCUAUAGCUUGCUUUCUUUCUUGUAUUCAAUCUGACCAU